AUGACUGUUUAUUCUUUACAUCGGCGGCUAUUCUAAAAACCCAUGUCAAUAAACAGACCCCAUGACCGACACUUACUUACAUGCAAUAUUUAUUUGAGGCGCAGUGAACCGCAACCAAAUAGUUAGUUGUGCCUUGCAUUAUGCAAACAAUAGCUGCAUGGUGAUAUAGUAAACAGUACAAUGUGUGUGCUGUACUCCUUUAGUCGGGGAACUGUGAAUACACCAGUGAAUACACAAACGGCGGACAGGAGUUCAUAUAUUAAUGAGAUUUCAAGCCAGGUUUUAUUGGGUAUAUGCUGGCGUAACUAGACGACCCAAGUAUGAAAAUAAGACUUAGACAACCAUGAUGACACCAAUGUUUAAAAUUUGAACUAUCACUAUGAACAUCGUUAUUCGAAAUACCGGGAGGCCUGGAAUCCCGAAGUCAGGCAGUGGCCAAGGGAGCAAAAUGCAAGAUGAUGGAGAACAGGUCCCCCCUCCGCCGUCCCCCGUCCAAGGAGGGGUGCCCUCCACCGUAGGAGGCUAUGAUGUGGAUCAUGAAUAUGCUUCCAUAAUGACAAAGGCUUUGAAUUCCUAUAAAGAUCACCGGGAAAGAGAAAGGGUUUUGAACGAGGAGCAAGAAUUGAUGUUGGCACAUGAAUAUACACGCCCAACGCAGAUGUAUAAUUUUCCAAAGCGUCCACUGUCCUCACGAGCUAGGUGCCAAAGCGCAAAGCUCAACCGUGGGGUCCGUCCGCUAGGACAACUAAGAAAUUCAAGUUCUUUGGAAUCGGAACAGUCGGAAGGCACUGUGCAUUGGAUAAGCGCAAUACCUAAGGUUCCUCAACGUCCAACGCACAAAUUUGCAAAUCUACGGGUGCAAUCCGCUAGGCCAACCAGACCGGAUUCAAGCGUCAGCAGAAUGUCACUGCCUAAUAUGACAGACUUACGUCACUAUAAAAACAAAACCUGGAAACACAUCAACAGUCACGGGGCUGGGGUAUUUACACCCUGUGGAAGUCGUAGGGAAUACUAUACUAUACACCCAGAUUGGGUGUCAGAAAACCUGUCAGUUCAAAAAUUAUCUUUAUCCAACAGACAGUCAGGAAAAGACACAGUAGACGCUGCCACAAGGUUCAAGUCGUCGUCCCUCCCUACCAGACGCUGUAAAAGUGCGCCCCCACCUAGGAGUCGAAAUAUUAUCACUUGGGAGACGCGACAUUAACACACACACGUACAGGAGUUUCUCAAACGCUCAAUAAACCCAGAUGUAAUAGGGAUCGUGGAAUACUAAAUCGUUAUUUGAACCGAAUACCGUCAUUUAUAUUAGACGAGCUUCCUAUAAUGGACCUCUUUGUAGAUACUGAUUUUCUUUGUACCAAUCGAGGCAAUCGUCUACAAUCUAUAUAUACAUUAACAUAACUUAUGCCUCAGCCUAUUGUGUUAUUCCAUUG